UUUAAAUUCCUCGAAAUCGAGGGAAACCCUAAAUCUGUAAAAAACCCUAAAAAAGACUUCACUUUUAGCAUCUCUAUAUAAUCUGCCGCAACCCCUUCACAGCAAAAGUAGGGCGGCCAAUCCAAAACCCUAAUUUUGCCAUAGGUAAGAAGAAGAAGAUAAAGAAGAAAUGGCGGUGCCGCUUCUAAGUAAGAAGAUCGUGAAGAAGAGGGUCAAGAAGUUUAAGAGACCCCAGAGCGAUCGCAAAAUCUCCGUCAAGACAAACUGGCGAAGACCGAAGGGUAUUGAUUCUCGUGUAAGAAGAAAGUUCAAGGGCUGCACUUUGAUGCCCAAUAUCGGCUAUGGUUCAGACAAGAAGACACGUCACUAUCUACCUAAUGGCUUUAAGAAAUUUGUUGUACACAAUGUUGGAGAGCUCGAACUGUUGAUGAUGCACAACAGGACAUACUGUGCAGAGAUUGCACAUGAUGUUUCAACAAAGAAGAGAAAAGAGAUCGUUGAACGAGCAGCCCAGCUCGAUGUUCUGGUUACUAACAAGCUUGCGAGGUUGCGCAGCCAAGAGGAUGAAUGAACAUGGAACUUGGGAUCUUGUACACCAUUACCAUUGCAAAAUUAGCUUGUUAUUGAGAGAUUAUUAUUUAUAAUUUUCUUUUGUAUAAUCACAAGUAUUUUCGAGUUUGAGUGAUAAUUAGAUAAAAUAUUUUAAUUUGUGAUUAAA